AUGGGAUUUUUUCACCAGUUUCGUCUACUGUUGUGGAAGAAUUUUACGCUGAAAAAACGGACCCCAUUUGUGCUGCUGUUUGAGGUUUUCAUCCCCCUUGUCCUGUUUGUCAUCCUGAUCCUCAUCAGAAAAAAACAGCCAGCGGUGCCCAUGCCACAAGGAAACUAUUUUGCAGAACCUUUACCAUCUUCUGGUGUCGUACCAAUUAUGCAAAUGUUUUGUGAUGGUGGACUUUCAAAAGACAAGAAUGGUUUCCGAGAGUUUCACCGUGCAAAUACAACACAGUUCUUGAACCAGCUACAGUCAGUUGCUAAGAAUCACCAUUUCUUCAAUCCCGGUUACACCCCGUCUGAGAUGGAUGAUCUCCCUUACAUCUACAAAAGUAUCAUUGAUGACCCGGCCACACUUCAUGAGCUGUUCAAACAUGGCCACGAUUUUAGGUUUGGUUCUGUAGUAGGGAACAGACAGACGUUUGCUCAGUACCUCCAUAACAACCUGUCUCUUCCUUUGGACGAUGUGUACAGCAUAUUAAAUGCGACCGUGCAUGUUUCUGAGUUAAACAAGUUAUUAUUUGGAGAAGAUCUACAGACAGCACAUACCAUUUUACGGAGAUUCCGCCGAGAUAUCCCAUGGGACCAUCUACAACUCCCAUCACUCUUUGACCAUCAAGAGUUUCAGCAAGUGCCUUUUCAGUCAUUACUCAAUGAGAGUAACUUACUGGAAGAUGUCUUCAACUCACAAAAUACAGAUUCCUCUGAAACUUUAUUUUACAAUGUAAUUCACAAUGAGGGUUUGCUGACUGACCCUGUCGUACAGAAGUUUCUCACACAUUACCUAGACCUGAUGGAUGGUAACCCAGCUUUACAGACUAUCACGCCAGCAGAGACUGCACAGAUUCUGAAGAUGGUGCUCUUCUCUCCGACAGCAUUACACCGGCUAGCUUGUAAUGAUGAAUUCCUUCAAGUUAUCAUUCCUGAGACAAGUAGUAAUGAGUCAUACAUCGCUGAUGCCAAGAGUCGUCUGUGUAAUAUGAGUAAGGAACAACUGUCAAAUCUCUCUGUGCUUCUCAAAAAGGAGAUCGAUGACCAGGAGGUCAUCAACGCUUUACAACUUCAUACAGUCAACUUGACAUCUCUAGAAACUAAAGUGAAGACAUUUAUGAAGGAGCUCCAGAAGUUUUACCAGUUCCAAGAGAGUCUAUAUGAGAUGAGUGUAUUUGCGGAGACCCUUCCCCAGGAUGCCUGCGAUGGAGUUAACCUGACCACUCCUUCCAGCCCUGUCAAUGUCACAGUCACCGCAGGGUUACCUGGAAACAUUACAGCAGCAACAGUAGUAGAGGAUGGAGAUGAGGAUGAUGAUGAUGACGCUGAAAAAAAAGAUAAGGACGACCAACUGACGAAAAAGCCACCUAACAAGUUUGCGGGAUUUCUGCACCUGUGGAAUAGAAUGCAGAGAACGUUUUGUGGUAGACAACCAAAGGAAGUACCCAAAAAACGCAUGGAGCGAGACAUAAAACACCUGAAUCUAGAUGACCUUGGAAUAUCAAGGGCGCAACAGGACAACCUGAAAAUCCUGGUCCAUGUUCUGUAUAGUAAUCCUAAAGUGCUGUAUGCCCCUAACAACACUGCAGCAGACAAGAUCAUCAAGAAGGCUAAUGAGUCUUUUGCCUUGAUGGAUGAGAUCAGUACGUAUGCCAGGAAAUGGCUCAACAUCUCUGGUGAGCUGAGGACCUACCUAAUGGAGAACACCACAGCUUACAACCUAGCCUCCAUUAAAGAGAUGCAUAGACAACUUAAGAACAACCAAGGCAUGUUUUCCUUACUACGUGGAGUGAAGGGCGUUCAACAGUUCCUUAAUAGUUCCAUACCGGAUAUUUCAUUCUUCCUUCACGAACUGGACAAUAUAGACAAUGCAGCAUGUGGCUGGCUCAAUACACUUGCAGGGAUUAACCUUAAUGUGUUCCGAGGGUUUCGUACAGAGGAAGAUCUCGUGGAUUAUUUCCUUACUAAGGCUUAUUCUGAAAAUGUCACUACUGUUGCAGGGUUGAUAUUUGAGAACUUUCAGAAAGGUAAAGGUCUUCCUCCUCAUGUCACAUACAAGAUUCGACAAAAUGCUACCUUCACACCAACUACUAAGUACGUACGGAAUCGCUACUGGUAUCCAGGGCCAGGAUCCUGGCAACACACCUACUACCAGUUUGGCUUUGUUUGGAUACAGGACAUCAUUGAACGUGCCAUCAUUGACGUACAAGUUGGUCGAGAUGUAGUGGAGCCUGGCAGUUACGUCACACAGUUUCCCCACUCCUGUUAUAAAUAUGAUGAAUUUGUGUUUAUGAUAGAACAUGUGAUGCCACUGUGUCUGACUAUUUCCUGGGUCUACUCCGUUGCUAUGCUGGUGCAGAACAUUGUGUAUGAGAAAGAACAAAGACUAAAGGAGGUGAUGAGGAUGAUGGGUCUAAGCAACGCUGUCCAUUGGUGUGCGUGGUUUACCAUGACCUUCAUACAGAUGACCAUCACUAUGGGCCUACUGACUGUCAUGCUCAAGGUGGGAAAUGUUCUGGCCCAUAGUAAUCCUUGGAUCGUGUUCACUACUCUGGAAGUGUUUGCUGUUGUCACCAUAGCGUUUUCGUUCUUGGUGAGCACAUUCUACUCUAAAGCCAAGGUGGCAGCAGCUUGUGCUGGUAUUGUGUACUUCCUCACUUAUGUGCCCUACAUGUAUGUGGCUAUCAGGGAGGAUGUGGCAGGGGACCAGAUCUCGGCGGUCAUCAAGUCUCUCGUGUCUCUGUUUUCUACAACUGCUUUUGGUCUAAGUGGGAAGUACUUUGCAUUCUACGAGGAGGAGGGAGUUGGAGUUCAGUGGGACAACAUCCAUCUGUCCCCUGUUGAAAAUGAUGAGUACAGCUUGCUCACAUCAGUACUCAUGAUGAUACUCGACUCAUUCUUGUACUCACUUUUGGCUUGGUACAUAGAGAAUGUAUUUCCAGGAUCUUACGGCCUGCCUCGACCCUGGUAUUUCCUGUUUUCCAAGACCUACUGGUGUGCAGGAUCUACAAAGGUGCAGGAAAUGGACUGUGGCAACAUUCUGGACAUGUGUCGUCGUAACAAUGGUUACAGCUCAAUGCUAGAGGACCAGGCAUGUGCACUGGACCAUAGGGAUGCAGAGUAUGCUAGAAAGUUUGAAGCAGAACCUACACAUCUUCCUCAGGGUGUACACAUAGAGAACCUUACAAAGAUUUACAAGACUGGAAAAAAACUAGCUGUAAAAAAUUUGACAUUAAGUUUCUAUGAGGGACAGAUAACAUCAUUUCUGGGCCACAAUGGGGCAGGGAAAACAACAACUAUGUCGAUUCUGACAGGGCUGUUUCCUCCCACAUCUGGAUAUGCACUGAUUUAUGACAAUGACAUCCGUACUGACAUGGAUCUAAUCCGACAGAGCCUGGGAAUGUGUCCCCAACACAAUGUCCUCUUUGACAAACUGACAGUACAAGAACACCUCUGGUUCUAUGCUCGACUCAAGGGUAUGAAGAUGGAGGACAUCAAACCUGAAAUGGAAACGAUGAUAGAGGAUAUAGGCCUGCCUAAGAAACGUCACUGCCGUGUUGACUGUCUGUCUGGUGGUAUGCAGAGGAAGCUGUCUGUAGGCAUUGCCUUUGUGGGUGGGUCUCACACUGUCAUUCUGGAUGAACCAACAGCUGGUGUGGAUCCUUAUGCCAGGCGAGCCAUCUGGGACCUUUUGGUGAAAUACAAACAUGGAAGAACAAUUCUGCUGUCGACACAUCACAUGGACGAGGCAGACAUUCUGGGUGACCGUAUUGCCAUCAUCUCUAAUGGAGAACUCAAAUGUUGUGGCUCCUCCCUGUUCUUGAAAAACACGUUUGGAGAGGGGUACCAUUUGAAUCUUGUUAAGUCAGAAACAGAGGAAGACAUCCAAAGUCUAGAGAUCAGGGACAGUGAUAUCCAUAACAAUAGGAAAUCUUUUGUCAGCAAAUGUAAGGAGGCAAAAGUCACAGAGUUUAUCAAAAAACAUGUAUCAACAGCAUUUUUGAAGUCGGAAACCAUUCGAGAGCUGCAUUACAUACUUCCUUUUGAGGAAGCAAAGAAAGGAAAUUUUGAGAAACUUUUUAAUGCCCUAGAUACUAGUAUUGGUCAGCUUCAUGUCUCUAGUUAUGGCGUCAUGGAUACAAAUUUGGAGGAAGUUUUCCUGAAGGUCACAGAGGCAGCCUUACAGGAGGAAGAUGCCAAAAAUGCAAACAAAAAUGAUAACAGUCCAAUAGACAGUGAUAAUCACAGUAAUGAAUCGGACCAGUCCGUACCAAGGACACAAGCUACUUCAGUCAGUGAUAUAGACCACGAGGUGGAACUGGGGAACAUGGCUGAUCUUAGGAGAAAUGACAGCGAUGAAUCUCUGAUUGAACAUUUACAAGAGCUUGAUGCAAAUGGCUACUCUCAACUUCUCCAACAUGAUGACGGACCAAAACAGACUAUCAUUAACUGCAAUGGCCAGGGGACCUUUCGCCUCAGUAAGAAAUGGUUGCGUCUGAAUCAGCUUAGAGCUGUCCUUAUAAAACGCUUUCACUACAUCACACGGAACUACAAGGGGCUAUUUUCUCAGAUAAUACUGCCAGCUUUGUUUGUGUCAGUUGCCAUGACUGUAGCCUUGUCUGCUCCAAAGGUGAAGGACCCACCACCAAUAGAAUUGAGUCCUUCACAAUAUUUCAAUGUCACUCAGCCAAGAGGAAAUUAUAUUCCUUACACAAAUGAAAACCCGAUGGUCACAAACUAUUCUGUUUCUUUGGAUGCAGGUCCUUUAGAAUUGAUGAGAACAUUUCAUUUGGCAUCUGGUGUGGGUGCAACAUGUGUGUUGAAAUCCUCACAUGGGCACACAUUUGACUUUCCCAAUCCCAGCAACAUCACUGCCAAUCAGAAACAGUUUGAGUUGCUGUACCGAUAUUACGAGACUCAGUGUGGGAAGGUGUUUGUGUCAGGGAUUCACAUACAGAGCUAUGUCCCACCAGUACAGAUCAUGAAUAACCAGGACAAGUUAGAAGACAAUGACACCAUUCCUUCUCCAGAAAGCCCAUCAGAGGAGAUUAAAUACUACCCCACCUGUCACUGUGCCCGAGAUAAAUCUGGUUUUGUGUGCCCAGGAUCCAGUACAUUUUCACAGCCACCAGAGUUCCAGGUUGUGACCAGGGACAAAGUACAGAACAUCACAGGGUCUAACACUGAGAAAUUCCUUCUGUAUACCCAGGAUGCCCUGUAUAGACUACACAGAUAUGGAGCAUUUUCAUUUGGUAUGGAGAGUAAUGUGGUUCCUGAAGGUUUUGGAAAUUCUGCCCCGACAAUGUUUAGGAAGUUUGCUGUGCGUCGAGUAGCUAAGGCUUGGUACAAUCACAAAGGCUACCAUGCUAUGCCUGUCUUCCUUAACACUCUUAAUAAUGCGAUUUUGAGAGCAAACCUCCCUAAGUCUAAAGGGCAUCCAGCUGCAUAUGGUAUAACCGUGAUUAAUCAUCCCUUGAAUCAGACCAACAAUAAGCUAAAUAAAGACUAUAUUCUCCAGGGGUCGGAUGUUCUCAUCUCUAUCUUCAUCAUUGUUGCCAUGUCGUUUGUGCCAGCCAGUUUUGUUGUGUUCCUGGUGUAUGAGCGUUCUAUAAAGGCCAAACACCUACAGUUUGUUAGUGGUAUUGACACUGUCAUGUACUGGCUGGGAAACUACCUUUGGGAUAUGUGUAACUAUACUAUCCCGGCAUUUUGUAUCAUCAUGAUACUCCAGAUAUUCCACAUACCAGCAUACACUUCCCCACAGAACAUGCCAGCAGUGGUGUCACUCUUUCUUCUAUAUGGAUGGUCCAUCACACCAGUGAUGUAUCCAGCCUCAUUCCUGUUCAAAGAACCAAGUACUGCCUACAUCUGUCUCAUCGUCAUCAACCUCUUCACAGGCAUUACCUGCAUCGUCUGCAGUUUCUUGCUGGAAAUCUUUUCUUAUGACAAGGACUUGAACAGAGUGCAUCUUAUCCUAAAGGACGUCUUCCUUAUGUUUCCCAACUACUGCCUUGGAAGAGGGUUGAUGGACAUUGCAUUCAACGAAUACAAAAACGAAUUUUUCUUUAAAACAGGACAGUAUGACCAGAUCAAAAGCCCUUUUACAUGGGAGCUGACCUCCAGGAACCUGGUGGCAAUGGCCAUAGUUGGAAUAAGCUUCUUCCUUCUCACUUUGCUUUUCGAAUUUAAGUUUUUCAUCAAAAGUAGCUACAGGCAAAACACUCACUCAAUGUCUAGUCUGUCAGAUGAAGAUGUAGAUGUUGCUACGGAAAGGAAGCGCUUGUUACGGGGAAGUGGUCGUUAUGACCUCAUCCGAUUGGAGAAUUUGACAAAGGUGUAUAAAACAAGGAAAUUAGGGCGCCACCUAGCAGUAGAUAGAUUAUGUCUUGGAGUACCUUCAGGAGAGUGUUUUGGACUGUUAGGAGUGAAUGGAGCAGGGAAAACAACAACAUUUAAAAUGUUGACUGGUGACAUACAGCCAACAAGUGGAGAUGCCUAUCUCAACAGGGACAGUGUGCGUAAAGACAUGUUGUCUGUACAACAAAAGAUUGGUUAUUGUCCACAAUUUGAUGCCUUGUUUGACGAGUUGACGGCGAGGGAACAUAUUCAGCUGUAUGCCAGACUGCGGGGAAUACCACCAAAUGAAGAAAAACAAGUUGUCGAAUGGGCGCUGAACAAACUUGGCCUUACACAGUAUGCCGACAAAACGUCUGGAACGUACAGCGGAGGUAACAAAAGAAAGCUGUCCACUGCCAUAGCACUGAUAGGCCAUCCACCAGUAAUCUUCAUGGAUGAGCCCACCACAGGUAUGGACCCUCAUUCUCGUCGGUUCCUUUGGGACCUCAUUCUCAGCCUUGUACGAGACGGACGAAGCAUUAUUCUUACGUCUCACAGUAUGGAGGAGUGUGAGGUCCUGUGCUCUAGGUUGGCUAUCAUGGUGAACGGCCAAUUUAAGUGCCUGGGAAGUGCACAACACCUGAAAAGCAGAUAUGGAGAUGGUUACACUUUUAGCAUCAGAUUAAAGGGACCAGAUUUUGACCACUCCAGUGAAGUAGUACAGAGAUUUGUAGACAGAAGCUUUCCUGGGGCUUUGUUAAAGGAGCACCAUUAUAACCUACUACAGUAUGAGUUGCGGAAUCAGAGUGUUUCCUUGGCUCAACUUUUUAAUAAAUUGGAGGAGGCUCAGAAAGACCUUGAUAUAGAGGACUACUCUGUUAGUCAAAACACGUUGGACAAUGUUUUCAUUAACUUCGUUAAGAAACAGGUAGAGAUUGUGGAAGAAAACAGUCAUCUCAGUAAAGAGGAAGAUGACUGUCCAAUGAUCUCACUAGAUGGACAGGACCAUGGACUUGGAAUAGAUUCAGAUGAAGAUGAUGCAACUUUCAGAAUAAACGAGUCAGGUACUCACCUCUCACUUCUGAACAUGGAGACCUGACAGUUGUAUGAGAAGUUCAGUCAGUGACACAAAUCAUCUGCUCAACUUUGAUCUCAGUGGCUUUCCUGGCUGCAUUUGUGACAUUAUUCUCAGGCAUGGUGUCAUCACUUUUACUAAACAAAGUAUUUAUUUAUCUUCGUGGCUUGCUCAAUGAAUCAGUAAAACUGUUACAAAUCUAAAGCACAGAUAUAAUGUAAUAAAAACUGUUUGUCAGUGAGCUCUACACACUACAUUCAUGUGAUCUCAAUUUCAUUGAAUAAAUUGAGCUUUUAUAGAUUUUUUUUUCCUGUACAAUUUCUCACAAAUUCCAUAGACUAUUGCCAAGCUUUAUACAUACGUUAGGUAUUCUAUUAUUUUAUAUUUAGAUUGUUACUAGAUAAACAGUUCAGGCGCUAUGGUGUACAAUGAGAAAGCCAGUUUUCUUAGUUGUGUAUAAGGGAGUGGUUAAAUUUAAUUACAUCACUGUGUACAAUGUACAGACCCAAAACCCUCAUUACCAUAGUGACAGGGUUUGUUUGAAAUGUCUCAUUAAUUUGUUCAUGUGUAACUUAAUUGUUAGCAGUUAAGUAGUGAAAGGGUUAGUUGUCAGUUUACACAGAUUACUCUGACACAAGACAAAAUUUGUAAUGGGUUACUGUUACAAUUGUAAAUUUUUAUUAAUGUGUAGCAGAAUUUCUAGGAUAGUUAGACAUACAGAAAGUAUAUUUUUACAUUAACAUGUUUAGAUAUUGAUGAAUCGUACCAGUUGUUUAGGGUUGAAAAUCCAAAAGUUCAUGUUUGUUUUUGUUAAAUUCUCAUGCAAUAUACACAUGUAUAUGUUAUUUGCAGUAUUGUAGAAACUUGAGCCAUGUAAUAUAGAGUAUAUCAUAAUUUUUCUUACAAAAGUCCCAGAUAUCUUGUGAAAGUUUGAUACUUCUUUAAUAAGUAAUGUCUGUGAUUUGUGUUAGAUUAUUAUGCCUUCAUAUAUUAUUUUCCCUAUUUUUUCCCCUUUACAUUCAAAAUUUCUAAACAAACUGAUUUCAUGUUGAAAGAUAUAUUAACUACCUAUAAAGUGUCUGUUAAUUAGUGCUCGAUUAUCAUUUUUUAUUUUUUUCCUGAUCUGCAUAAUCCUGAACUCUGACAUACUUUGUGAUAAGCUGAGGUGUCCAACAACUUGUAGAAAAAAAUCUGUAAUUUUUAUUCUGUUCUAUUUAUCUCCCUUUAAUUUACCCUUGUUAAGAUAAUCCUUCAUAUUCCUUAAACUUUCAACUAGUCAGUAAAUUACGAUUAUAUACUAUCAUAAAAAGUAGCUGUGAUUUGUUAGAUUAUCUCCCUUGUUAAUUCCAAACUCUUGUUAGCUAGUGAUGUACAUAACAAAUAUAUCUGUAAUUUGUUAUUUGCUUUCUUUUGAAAGACAUAUUGUAGGUUUCGCUGACAAGGACCAGAGUUUCUCAUAAGGAAAAUUAUUAUAGAUGUUAUAGUUGGCGACAUAAUGGCACCACUCUUCAAUGACUGACCAAAGCAGAUUUCUUCUCAUAGUGUCUAGUAUCUUGAUGGUGUUUCUGAUUACUCUGAAUCCGCCAGAUUUCUUUACAUUUGUAUAAGAACUUGCAAUAAUAUACAUGUAGUUAGUUCAUAGACAUGUUGUUUUGUACUGUCUGUUUUAAUUAAGCCCUCUCUUGCUAAGAAUUGUUUUGAAUUCGUUAUGUUAUUUUAUUAUUUUGAAUACCUUAUCUGACAUUAGUGAUUAUAUAUACGGUGUAUGUAUCACAAUUUAAUGUUUUAUGUAGUAAUUUCCGUUUUAUUACUAUUAGUGAUGUUAAAGAAGAGCAGUUCUUCAACUGACCAAUUAGUGUUUUCAAACUAGUAGUGAAGUCUGAUUGUUGGUGUUAUAUUGCUGUUUUGUAUCACAAUGUUUAGAUGUUAUACUUAUCCUAUAUAUAGUGAUCUAGGCCAUCACUGUAAGGUUAUGUGAUCUGAAUUAAACGUAAGGUGCUUAAAUUGAAGAUGGUAGUAACCACAAGCUACUACUAAAGAGACUGUCAAGAAUUCAACCUUGCUGUUGAAGGGUUGAUAAACCCUGUGAAUAAACAGAUCAUUUUUUAAGUUGGGAGUGACUGAUCAACCACAGCACAAAUGAUUCAGCUUAAUCUUACACCAUGGACCUUUUUAACUGUUCUACCUACUGGUAUAGGGUAACUGAAUAAUUUCUAAAGGUCUAUUGGGUAAGUAACAAAUAAGUUGUGCUAUUGCAAAAAGUUGUAUUUGUAAUUUGUUAAUUCUCUCAUGAAGUUGUACGAUUAUUUUGCUUGACAGUCAUUUAUCAUUACAUCAUGAUUUUAACAGUUUACAUUGAAAGAUGUGAAACUAAAAAGAUCAGCUUUUUAAAAAUCAAAGUGAUCCUAUCUGUUGUUGUUCAAAAUGUUUUACUUAUUUAUUAUAUAAUUUGUUAUCUAUAUGUCACGGUAUCCAACUUUUAAAUUUGAAGAAAUAUCGUUGAUAUUGCAUGUCAGUUGAAACGUAUGUUUUACUGGUGUACUAAUGUUUGUGAUGGCAACUCUUAAGUUAUUCAUUGUCAGCAUAAAAUUAACUUGUAGAAGUCCCUAAAUAAUGUUUGGAGACGGACUGGUUUUCUUCCGCAACAGCCAUUAUCUUGUCUAAAUGUUUAUAUUGCCUGAUUGUGUACGUAGACGAUUUAUGACAUGCAUGAUGAACAUUGUUACAAAUUCUGUUUCUUGUUCAGAAGACAAGAAGUUUCUAGAGUUGCUUCUGAUUGGUAAAAUUUCCUGUCUUAUCCUAUUUCCAUCUUACUUGGUGUUUUAGUGUAUUAUAUUGUCCUUGCAAGCAUUAACUUCUAUAAGCAUAAUGUAUCCACAUGAGGGGUAGUUUAGGAGAUAUUAACCACUUUGUUCAUAUUCCAGCAUUUCAGAUUUGUGUGAUCCAUUUUGUAGUUAUUUAACCCCAGUAUUUCUCCAUCCCUUUGAUAUCAUUCAAGACAAACUUACUUUUUAUGCAAUGUUUUUAUGCAUGAUGUUGCUUUGACUUAAUUUAUUCACAAGUUGUUUCCCCAUGGGUUAAGAUGCCUCAUCUUGCUUGGAGAAGAAAGAUUCCUAUGGACACCGUGGUAAAAAUAGAUCUAUCCGAAAGCAGUAAUGACAGAAAAGGAUGAAGGCUGUAUUACAAAGGUGUCAAUAUAAAUGUAUGGGGAACUUUUCAAUUUUGCUUUUGUUUGGCUUCUGAAAUAAAGGAAAUAAUUGAAUCAUUUUGGCCGGUAAGAAUAGUUCUAACAUCAGAUCUUAGUCCCUGCAGGAGUGAUACAUGGUAGUUCACAUUAGUGAUUCCUCUAGUCAGCAUUUUUUUUAAUUUAGUUUCAUUUUUUUCAUUUUACUAUUAUUUCACCAUUCUGUCCUCUGCUUACCUCAACUCCCUGUUACUCUAUAGUUUCAGACCGGUGAACUGAAAUAUCAUGCAUUCCACACAAAUUGUUGUACAGAAUUGGACUUCUGUUGUUCAAACUACAUGUUGUAAUUUAUUUUAUUUCCUAACAAGAUAUUGUAAUUUGCUCAAGUCUAGAAAACUAGAAUAUAUUCCAGAAUCAAUGUCUAGUGCUUGUGUAUUUGCAAAUGUCUUAAUUGUUGAUAAAAACAUGACAGCUUAUGUUGAUAUAUUUCUAUGAAGUGAUCAUUCUGUGCCGUGUUCUUUAUCAUCAUAAUACCCUUGAUGUUUCUUUCCGAACAUUUUUCUUUUGUAAUUUCGUGUUUUAUCGUUAAUAUUUCAGGUCUCAUAGUAUACCUUUUUCAAUGUCAUUAAGUGACCUAGUAGAGCACUUUGCCUUAUCAGCUAUUCUAGAUAGCAUUUUACGUAUUCAUCUUGAAAUAUUUAUACAUUUUCUUCAUCUUUUUGAGAAUAGUUCACAAUAUUUUUUCAUUCGAGAGAACUAUAUUCUGGUUUGUUGCAAGGUCAUGCACAAUGAUCUGCUAGGGAAGGUGCUGAAAUAAAAUGUGAUUGGAAUUCUAGAAA